AUGCGGCGGGCACUCCAUGCAGGCGUGCUGAGAUGUACACUGUGUUUGGCUCUUUCCCCCCAGCGGCGCGGUGUAAUUCCCGGACAAUUCCCCACCGACUCCUCCCCCGCCGGCGGCAGUGAUCUCGACAGUAAAGUGAGGAGUGGCUGCGGCCAGGCGGGGUGGGAGCUGCGGCGCGGGCACCACCUGCAGAGCAGCGUCGGGCUCCACAGUCCGUUCCCCACCGCCUGCGGCCGGAUGUUCAACCCGCAGCUCUACUACGAGGUGCUGCAGGCCUGCUGCGAUCAGCAGUGGCUGCAGGCAAUACAGCGCGAGAUGCGAAAUGAUGCAGAGUGGAUGGAGACGCUCCGCACGGAGGGCGGCGUGGCGCGAAGUAUGAACGCCCUGACGGAGUCUACGCAACAUGAUGAUGAACUUAUGAUGAAAUUGCGGGAAACACUUAGGACAGACAGAAAAAUGUCGUUAACAUUGUGUGCGAUUCAGGAGAGCUAUGAACGAAUCCGACGGAAACGCGAUAUGCACGAAACAAAGGUUGCAGCAGAUGGUGGUAAUGACACAUAUGCAUCUAUGCGACAGAGACAGCAAGGACAAUUCGGAAGUAAUCUUCCAUCAUUUUAA